UAUCAAUAAGAGACAGAGCAUAGUUUUAGGUGAUUCCCCUCUUCCCCCACGCAACGAAUGCUGGGUGUGACAGCGUCUGCAGAAGCACUGGAGAAAAUGUACAUUUUGUUGAUCGGUUGAAUACAUUGGACGUUGUAACAUGAGGGACUGUGUGACAAACUAGACGACCGGCAGCGAUGAGCUCCCUACCUCCUGGCCAAUCUGGUCAGACAUACAACGACUCCGUCAACCUUCGACGGGCAACACAGAGCAGCUUAGAAGAACAAGUUGCGCGUGAGUUGAUUGGGCGGACGGUGCAGUCCCAGGAGCAGUAUGUGCCGCGACAGCCGCAGCCCCAGCAGCAGAACGACGAGGACAUGGACGUGGAGACCCGCCUGGUCACUAUACACGCCACAGAGCUGACCCAUGACGGAGAGGUGAAGAAGUACAGGUCGCCCAAGUCUUCAACUUUCAAUGGCUUCAAACGGUCCACAGAGAUCUAUUACCGCCAUCUCACCGAGGACAGGUUCUGUGAGCGGCGGGCAUGUGAAAAGGGAUACGAGAUGCUGUUGCAGAACAACAUCGUCAUCAUCACCGGCGGGUGCGGCGACGGCAAGACGACGCUCGGAUGCUACCUUCUCAAGAAAGUGUCCGAGGAAUACGACAUAGAAGCUGUGAGAAUCAAUUCCCCAAAGGAUUGGAUGAGAGUCUUGGAGUUUGAUUACCAACAUGGCGAGAAGAUUGCCGUCAUGCUUGAUGAUUGUUUCGGCAGCAUCGGCAUGGCUGAUUACAUGUUCGAAGAAUGGCAUCACAAUGUUCAAUAUAUGUCAAGUUUUCUCGAAUCCAAAAAGGUUUAUCUGAUUAUGACCUCCAAGAAGCACCUGUAUUCACAAGGCGCUGGACGAGUUACGUACAACCAGGUGUUCCUGAAGAAAUACAUCCUGGAUCUGACGACCGAUGAAUAUAAGCUCACCUGGUGUGAGAAGAAGGAGGUCUUGAGGAAACACCUGGAGUAUUACAAUCUAGAUGAGGACAUCGCCACCAACCUCCCAGAAGAUUGCCCGGACAUGGGCUUCUGUCUACUCGUCCAUCAGUUCUGUAUUGUGGAAGAUUUUCAAAAUUGGGGGUUGCGUUUUUUCACAAAUCCAAUCAUUUGGUAUUCCUGUGAUCUUGAGUCGAUAUCGGCCACGGAGAAGGAGAUCUGGGGAGUGAUGGUCCUGCUGCUGCUGGGUGACGGGAUCAUGAGACCGAUGGACUACAACCCUUUCGGUGACGAGAAGACGAUAUACAAGCAGGCCAAGGAGCAUCUAAAAUACACGUCUCUCCAAGAUGGCUUCCCUCCAUCCAGGCUGGUUCAUCUGUGUGAACACAUCGACACCGUGUACGUGAAGUGGGACAAGAAGGAGAAAGGCUAUCGCUUCAUUGAUCAUUACAUGGAAGAAGCGGCUAUGAUGUGUUUCGGGAAGUGGCAUGUUCGAGAAGUCUUGAAGCGAAGCAGCCUCAGCUUUCUGCGCGAGUAUAUGGUGACAAAUCGAUACGAAGCGGAACGUCCCGAGAAGGACAUCCUCAUUGAACUGUCUCCUUCCUACUUCCCGUAUCUCACGGAAAGACUCUUGAAGGAACUCGUGGACGGGAAUAUCGAACAGAUCGUCUCCCACAGAGUAUUUCUCGACGAUUCGUACAUUGAGUUUUUUGUGAAGCAUCUCAAAGAGAAGGAUGAGCUUGUGAAGGUUCUCCAGGCUAAAGACAAGAAGUGUCAGAGGGGGAUUGUGUAUCUGUGUACAAUGUACGGACAAGAGAGGCUGAUCCGAGAGAUUGUGAAAUCAGAAGUCUUCUCCAAGUUGGCUGAUAAGCAGUGGGCCAAGGAUGAGAAACAGGCGGCUGUCCAACUUGCCACAGAGUUUAAAGUAUCUUCUUUACAAAACUUACUGAAUCAGUUGUGAGUGUUGCAUGGUUUUACCUGGACUUACAAAAGUAGGGGCCCAAGGACCCUCAAUACAGUCGAACCCCUAAGUCUAACCUACCAGGACAGUGUUGUAACUUCGAGGUCUCCGAAUUGAGAUAACGAGGCAUGAACAUCAAGACAGAUCAAGUUUUACGUUUCUUUGAUGCGUAACGCCGCACUCAGCAAUAUUCCACCUGAUGACAGCAGGACUGACCAAGUAACUGUGUGUGUGUGUGUGUGUGUGUGUGAGUGUAAGUGUGAGUGUGUGUGUAUGUAUGUAUGU